GCUGAGGUCCAUAGGAUCCACUCAGUACAAAGGACAGAACCAUUGGUGCUGUUCCGCAGAGGUGCUGCUCGUGGGUUAGAAGCAUUGCUUGCAGAGCCUCAGCAGAACAUUGAAGCUGUCAUACCUGAGGAGGAAGUGAUCAGGUGGUCAGAGGUUUUCAUGUUAUUUAAGCAACCUGUUUUAAUUUUUAUUACUGAAAAUCAUGAGAAUUAUUUUGCUUACGUACAAUUGUGUAAAUCGCACACCUUAAGCAAAUACACACUCUUACUUGGAAAAGAAGAAAAAUCUGUUAAACCAAAUUUUACUGCACGUGUGGAUGGGAAAUUCAUCUCCUUGAUGUCACUGAGCUCUGAUGGAUGUAUGUAUGAAACCUUGAUACCAAUAUAUUCAAGUGACACAGAAAAAAAUCAGAGGUUGGUUAGAGCAUUGAUGCUCAAGGCAGUUGUGUCUGGCGGUGCUCGAAAUGGUGUAGCCCUCACCGUCCUCGAUCAAGACCACGUAGCAGUCCUGGGACCGCCACUUCCAGCUUCGAAGGAAUGCCUCUCCAUAUGGAACAUAAAGUUUCAAACAUUACAGACGUCAAAGGAGUUGCCACAAGGAACCAGUGGGCAACUCUGGUACCAUGGGGAAAUAUUAUUUAUGCUACAUGGAAAAUGUCUAACUGUGAUUCCGUACAAGUGUGAAGUCUCAUGUCUAGCGAGUGCUCUUGGAAAGCUCAAACAUACACAAGAGUCAGGCACUCAUUCCAUGCCCCAUUUUGUAAACUGGGAAACGUGUUCAGGAUAUGAACGUGGGUCCUACAGUGCAGACCAGUCAAGAACUCUAAGGAGAAAAAAAACUGAAGCAGCUUUACAGCCAGAAGUUCCAGGAUUUAAACAACUUUUAUCAAUAAUAAAGAAAGAUUCAGAAAAACACAUUGAAGUAGAACUACGUAAAUUUUUGGCUAAGUCAACACCUGACUUUCAUACUAUAAUUGGAGAUAUAGUAGCAGGACUUCUGGGAAGAUGUAAAGCAGAACCAUCAUUUUACCCCCGGAACUGUCUGAUGCAGCUCAUUCAGACGCAUGUGCUUUCCUACAGCUUGUGCCCUGGCUUGAUGGAGAUUGCCCUAGAGCGCACGGACAUACAGAUGUUACAGCUGUGUCUACAGCAGUUCCCUGACAUUCCUGAGUCCACCACCUGUGCUUGCUUAAAACUUUUCUUGAGCAUUGGUGAUGACUGUCUUCGAGACAUUAAUAUCAAUAUGGAGUCAGUUUUUGAUUAUAGUGAUACCAUACAAGAUGAGAAAAAGGAAACAGAAGAACAGACUGAAAUUGUUCAAAAUGGCUUCAGUCCCGAAGACAGUGGCUGCAGUACAGAUAGUCGGCAAUUAAAUAAACAGGCUGGAGAUGCAACAAAGGAGACCAUCUCAUUCCCUGUGACCUCAUGUCCUGUGAUGCCAAAGCGAGCAGCUCUAUUAAAUGCCGUCCUUCAUUCAGCAUACAGUGAGCCCUUCCUCCUGCCACACUUGAAGGACAUCCCUGGGAAGCAUAUCACGCUAUUUCUCCAGUAUUUGUAUUUCCUCUAUCUGAAGUGUAGUGGCAAUGCUGCCAUGACUCUUCCUGGAAAAAGCCCUCCAACCGUGAGCCAGAUUAUGGAUUGGAUAUGCCUACUUCUAGAUGCUAAUUUUACUGUUGUCUUAAUGAUACCAGAAGCAAAAAGACUCUUGCUUAAUCUUUACAAUUUUGUGAAAUCUCAGAUCUCCAUCUAUUCAGAGCUCAACAAGAUUGAAGUAAGUUUUCGGGAGCUACAGAAGUUAAAUCAGGAGAAGAGCAGUAGAGGACUAUACUCCAUUGAAGUGCUGGAGCUCUUCUGAUAGUGGGGUUAUCCUUCAUGGACAUUUUACGGACCUCUCUGUCUUUUAGGUUUGGUUUUGGUUUUUUUGAGACAGGGUCUCACUAUGUAGCCCUGGCUAUACUGGAACUCACUAUGUAGACCAGGCUGGCCUCAAACUCAUGGAGAUCCACCUGCUUCUCCCUUCCGAAUGUUGGAGUUAAAGGUGUGGCCGCCACGCCUAGCUUGAUGGAAUUCUUUAUAUGAAUCUCCCUGUUCAUCCAGGGAAGAACGUUUUGUUUGUAUCAUCACUCAGUGUCUACAGAGAAGUGUGAGGACCUGGACCAUCAUGAGUCACCAUUCCUCUGUGCCACAGGUUCCACACAAAUGGCUUCUAGGAUACAGACAUCCCUAGAAGAAGGUUAUGAACAUUUUUUAAACAUGGGAUUGAUCUGCUUUUGAGUAAACUUAUUUGUGUACUGAUAAAGGUCUAAUUUCUUACCAUACAUUUUGAAUAGUUUUUCUUUUAAUAAAAGAACAAACCAUCUCUGAA